GUGCUAGAGUGCUAAUUCCUGUUUUUUAAUUAAUACAAAUGCAAUAAUUUCAAUAGAACAUAUUCGUUCUAAUAAUUAAUAAUACAUUAGUAAAUAAUACAGAAGUUCUUUUCUCAGAUGGUUUAACGUGUCGGUGAUGUUUUUAACGUCUCUCGUCUCUGCAGCGUUUAUUGUGGAUCAUGUCUCAGAAGGGAGGGAACCGAGGACCUGAUGGUCUGAUGGAGGCGUCCAUCAUCCGCAUCCCCCCCCACCACUACAUUCACGUGUUGGACCAGAACACCAACAUCGCCCGGGUGGAGAUCGGACCGCUCACCUACAUCCGGCAGGACAAUGAGAGGGUUCUGUUCCCUCCGGUCCGGAUGACGAUGGUGCCGCCGCGUCACUACUGCGUGGUCAUCAACCCGGUCGCCCGUGACGACGACAAGCAGGUCCUCUUCGACCAAUCGGGUCAGGCCAAACUUCGCCACGCCGACCUGGAAAUCCGUCUGACCCAGGACCCGUUCCCCCUGUACCCGGGGGAGGAGGUCCAGCAGGACGUGACUCCGCUGCAGAUCGUGUAUCCCGACACAGCUCUGCGUCUUCAGGCUCUGCUGGACUUUGAGGAGGAGGGAGGAGACAAGAGAGUCGCUGGAGACGAGUGGCUGUUUGAGGGACCAGGGACCUACAUCCCCAGGAAGGAGGUGGCCGUUUUGGAGACCAUCAAGGCCACGGUGAUCAGAGAGAACCAGGCCAUCAGACUGAGGGCUCGCAAGGAGGGGGUGGACAGAGAGGGGGUCCGCCGGGUCACAGGUGAGGAGUGGCUGGUCAGUAAGGUGGGAGCGUACCUUCCAGGAGCCCAUGAAGAAGUCAUCGACAUCGUGAACGCUUUCAUCCUGACGGACAAGAAAGCGCUCUCCGUUCGUGCCCUGCGGCCCUUUAAGGACGCCGGCGGGCGGGACCGGCGCACGGGGGAGGAGUGGCUGGUCACAAUGGACGACCGGGAGGCUCACAUCCCGGCUGUGGCGGAGGAGGUGGUGGGGGUGGUGGAUGUGACCACGCUGAGCAGCAGGCAGUACUGUGUGAUUCUGGACCCGGUCGGAUCUGACGGGAAGCCUCAGCUGGGACAGAAGAGGGUGGUGAAGGGUGAGCGCUCAUUUUUCCUGCAGCCGGGCGAGCUCCUUGAAAGCGGCAUUCAGGACGUGUACGUGCUGUCGGAGGAGGAGGGUCUGGUGCUGAGGGCUGUGGAGGCGUUCAAUGACACCGAGGAGCGCGAUGAAGAGGAAGAGGAGGAAGAGGAGGAAGGAGGGCAGGAGAGGGCGAAGCGCUCGCGGAGGAGCGGCGUCCUACGUCGCCCCGGAGACCGCUGGAUGCUGCGAGGACCCGUCGAGUAUGUCCCCCCCGUCGCCGUGGAGGUGGCGCUGAGACGACAGGCGAUCCCAUUGGACGAGAACGAGGGCAUCUACGUCAGAGACAUCAAAACGGGAAAGGUGCGCGCCGUGAUCGGUCACACCUACAUGCUGACUCAGGACGAGGAGCUGUGGCAGAAGGAGCUUCCUCCCAACGUGGAGACCCUGCUGGCUUCUAAUCUGGACCCGCUGGCCGACCGCUCGGACCGGACCAGGACCGGACAGGGCCAGCCGAGGGACAAGACCAGGGUGGUCUCCUACCGGGUCCCCCACAACGCCGCCGUCCAGGUGUACGACUACAGAGAGAAGAAGGCCAGGGUGUUGUUCGGACCGGAGUUGGUGAUGUUGGGACCCGAUGAGCAGUUCACCAUGCUGUCGCUGUCCGGAGACAAACCGAAGAGGGCCAACGUCAUCAAGGCCAUCUGCCUCCUGCUGGGGCCCGACUUCGUCACCGACGUCAUCACCAUCGAGACGGCCGACCACGCCCGCCUGCAGCUGCAGCUCUCCUACAACUGGUAACCGGGAAACAUCUCUUAACAGCUGGGUCGAGCUUUGACAGAACAAAUAAAGACUGAAACACGUGAUCAUAGAGAUAAGAGUGGUUCCUUUAGGGUUUAAGCUCCUGUAGCUGGAACAUGGAUAAAGUAAUAUCCAUCAAACCAUACAUUUUAAAAACUCAACAUUGUUUGAUAGUUCUACAAUACAUUUAUAAAAUAUAAUUGACUUCAUGGCCAAGACUACUAGACGCUAACUCUAAUCUAAAGGGAACUAGACGCUAACUCUAAUCUAAAGGGAACUAGACGCUA